AUGGCCGAACUGAAUUUUGAUGUCUACAAAAAUGUGGUUGACGGCCAAUUAAAGGGUGCCACUAAGGAAUACUAUGGCAUCAACCCGUUCACAGAAGAGAAACUUUGGCCCGCUCCUACAGCCACGAAGGAAGAUCUCGACGAGGCAGUGAAAGCGGCCAGUGUCGCUUUCAAAACAUGGCAACAUACAACCGUGGAGGAGCGGCGGAGACGAGUCAAGGACUUCUCCGAUGCCCUCAUGGCGCAGAAGACUGCUUGGGUUCCAAUAAUCUCCAAAGAGACGGGUCAGCCAGAAGAAUUGGCGGAAACCGAGAUCGACGCGGCAUGUGAAUGGCUCAUGGGCAUUUCAACUAUUGACCUACCGGAGUAUACCACGCACGAAGAUGACGAGGUUAAAGUGACUACAAAAUACUACCCACUCGGUGUCGUUGCGGCUAUUUGCCCCUGGAACUUCCCGAUAAUGCUUGCUGCCGGCAAGAUUGCGAGUGCGGUAUCAACUGGCAACACCAUCAUCGUCAAGCCCUCGCCAUACACCCCGUACACCGGCCUUAAGUUGGUGGAGCUGGCACAGCAAUUCUUCCCUCCUGGUGUUGUUCAAGCCCUGGGAGGCGACGACAACCUGGGGCCUUGGAUGACGAGGCAUCCAGAUAUUGCCAAGAUCUCUUUCACUGGAUCUUCCGCGACUGGAAAGAAGAUCAUGGCAGCUGCGGCCCCAACGUUGAAGCGUGUCACGCUGGAACUUGGCGGCAACGAUGCUGCAAUUGUCUGUCCGGAUGUCGAUAUUGACACUAUUGCUCCUCAGAUUGCGGACGAUGGUAACUUGAGCAUGCCCCUGAAGGAUCAGAACUUGCGGCUAAUUGAUUCGAACACAGCAUUUAGUCACGCCGCACAGGUCUGCGUGGCCCCAAAGCGCAUCUACGUGCACGCAUCCGUUUACGACAAAUUUAUGGAAAAGUUCACCGAAGAGUGCAGGAAGCUCGUACCGGGAAAGCGAUUUUUAAGCCCCAUCCAGAACAAGAUGCAGUACGAGAAAGUCAAGUCCAUCUUUGACGACUGCCAAAGCCAGACCUACGAAUUCGCAUUGGGAACCCCCAACCUCAAAAAAGAGACACCUGGAUAUUUCGUUCCUCCAGCCAUUGUCGCCAACCCACCAGAGCACUCUCGCGUGGUACAAGAUGAGCCUUUCGGUCCCAUCGUGCCUGUUCUCAAGUGGGAGGAUGAAGAGGACGUUAUUCGGCGCGCAAAUGAUACAGACCAGGGCCUCGGUGCUACGGUGUGGUGUCGAAACUCGGCACAGGCGGAGCGUAUUGCUCUGCGUCUUGAAGCCGGAAGCGUGUGGGUGAAUCGCGGUGUCGCACCGCUGCCCACGGCUCUUUUUGGCGGCGUGAAGCAGAGUGGAAUCGGUGGGGAAUGGGGUCCCCUUGGGCUGCUGAAUUACUGUAGUGCGCGGACCUUCCAUUUUGCAAAGAAUGUUUGA